AUGGCCACAAACAUUGAGCUCCUUAAAAAGAAACGCACUACAUUAAGAACAUCAGUUACUAAGCUAAUUUCAAAGAUAGAAUCAGAAAUUCAAAAAAACGAAAUAACUGAUGAAGAAACCGAAAUUGAACUAAUUAUUGAACAAUUAAAUGAUAAAUUCGAGUCUCUCAAAACAGUUGAUUCUGAAUUAGAAAAUCUGUUUAAACCAGAGGAUUUAGAUAAAGAAUUAGAAACUGCAGAAGAAUACCGUGAAAAGACAGUAACGUGGAGAUUUAAAGCUAAUAAAUAUUUGCAUAAUUUGAAUCAAAAGAAAAAUAUUCGGGAACCUCUCAAUUUUCCCCAACAUAUAGCUCCUACUACUAAUCGCGAAGUGGAAGUAGUAACGAAACCAGAAAUGCUGAAUAUAAAAUUACCGAAGAUAGUAAUCCCGAAAUUUUCGGGAAAUAUAAGUGAUUGGCUUACUUUCUGGAACUCUUUCGAAACAUCGAUACAUAAGAACAAAUCGUUAGAUGAUGUCAAUAAAUUUAACUAUUUAAAAGCUCAUCUAUGUGGAACAGCUUUAGAAACGAUAGGAGGUUUUGCUAUUAUUUCCUCAGAAAAUUAUGUUAAAGCUAUUGAUUUGCUAGAACAGCGCUUCGGAAGAAAAUAA